CUCUCAACUUUGCAGAUCAAUUCGCCACUUUCAAUCUCUUCCCAUCUUCUCCUUACAAGGAGAAACAAAAAUGAAAAAACCAAUCAAAUCAAAAAUGGGUUUCCCGUUGCUGCUCGCCUUCUUCUUCUUCUUCUUCUCAUUCUUCACCAUCGCCUCUGUUUCCGGCGACGAAGCCGUCGACUUCGCCGACUGCUCCACGCCCUUCAAUUGCGGAACGAAAACCAACCUCUCCUAUCCUUUCUGGUCACUCGGAUCCCGGCCGCGAGAGUGCGGCCAUCCCGAUUUCGAGCUCCUUUCUUGCGAAGACAUAAAUCAGCACCCUGUUCUCAAAUCAGGCUCCCUCCUGCUCCGAUUGAUUGCACUGAACCAGUCCUCAAAAACCCUAACCGUCGCCCUUACGGAUUUCGCGGACACAUUUUGCCCGCCGAUUGUCGGCGCGGCAACCCUGUACACCUCGCUGCUCGCUCCAUCCCCGCCCAAUUCCGCCGCCCUUCAGAACUUAACCCUAUUCUACGGCUGCCCGCCGACAGUCGCGGGAAUUCCAGUGACGAGGCUGUCGUGCUUGAUCGGCGGCGAUCUGGUGUCGUUCUACGCGAACGAGACGUCUGCGAGGGGCGGAGAUUUGGGUCGGGAUGUUGAAUCGUGCAGAGGGAGAGUGGUGUUUCCGAUUCCGGCGGACGUUCCCGACGGAAUUUGGGGGAGGGACGCGGAGGCGGAGCUGCGGGGAGUUCUGGACGCCGGGGUUAAUGUGUCGUAUGGGUAUGGAGAAUACGGAGUGCUGUGCGAGCAGUGUGGCGCGUCGGAGGGGUUGUGCGGCACGGCGGCGGCCUGGGGGCCUGGUAAUUUCUCGUGUCACUGCCUCGCCGGCGGAUCCCAACCGUUUAGCUGCCCUGCAUCAAAGGACGAAAAAGCGAGCCAUCGGAGGCAGAUGACAGACGACGAUGAGCAUAUGUGGGUGUCGAAUCCGAAUCUGAGUCUGUCCCGAAUCGAGGUAGAUGAAGGAGGAAGGGGAGAGAGCGUCGAGAGGAGGAUCUAA